AUGGUUUGGCUCUGUUUCGCCAGUCGAACACAGACAUGGAGGGCGACAGGCAGUGGGCGCGUGAACCUUGUGCCGUUGCCCGCAGUGGUGACCAGCCCACGGGACAUGGCCCUGGCCGCGGUUAUCUGCAGCGCUCUGGCCACUGUUCUUCUGGCCCUGCUGGUGCUGUGUGUUAUCUACUGCAAGAGACAGCUGCUGGAGAAGAAGCCCAGUGCAGCUUCUCUGAGGUCCCAGGAUUGUCCCUACAGUGGAGCAGAGCUGUCCUGCCUGGACCCAUGCUGGCUCCAUGACUUUCCCCAGAGACCCUGCUGCCAGUGUCACCUGGGCCCUGGACACACCUGUGGUCCAGUCCACCUGAUCCCGUCUCUGUGCUGUGAUGAGAGCUGCAGUCUGGGCCGCAACCUGGACAACAGUCCCUUCCAUUCCCAGAUGAGUCUCAGUGAUGGAAAUGCACACCAGGAUGAGGAGAGCACCCCAAUGCAGCUGGAAGGACAUCCAGAGUCUGUCUGCAAAGAGGAUGAUGGGAUGAGAAGGAGUUCAGAGCUGGCUGAGUGUUUUGGGCUUCCCGAGUGCAAUGCAGAUCCUGAAGAGCGACUGGAGGUGAAAGAAGCUGGGAAGGACGAGGAAGGGUCCAGGUCAAGGGAGAACUCACCGGAGAGGACCAGACAGAGGAUGACAUAGAUUUCUUUGGCUCGUGUUCCACCCUUGAACCACUCUGGACUCAACAACAGCCGCGGCCAGAUCCCGGAUCAGAUUACUCACUCGUCCCCCUCUUCCGGACAGACAAGCAGCAGCCACUCUCAAGUGUGGUUGCACCACCUCUUUGAAAUGCCUGCCACUGACCUCAGAGCCCCUCGUCAAAAGGGUCCAAACAGAAUAUGUACAUACAUGCAACAACAAAAGCACUGCUGAGGAAAGCAAAGCAUGAGGGCAAAGGUAUAGAGACAUACACACACGCAAAAUGUGAACUCGUUGGCCCAGAAGGCGAAAUCGAAUGAAGUUCAAACAUCAAGGAGUAUUGACUUUUAAGCGCUGAGCAAAGUGAAACAAAGUGAGCCUCUGCUCAGCCUCGAGACUGUCUUGCAUCUUCACAUGUAGGAGAACAUAAACUGUACCGCUGAUCUAGCAGCUGGUGUUAUGAAGCUUUUGUGUGUAAAGGUAACAAAUUUGAGGCAUGAAGAAAAGUGUCAAAAGUAAUUAUGUUGCACAUUGAAGACAAUCUUGAUAAUAUGGAACAAGUUAAGACAAGGAAUGUUUAAGUGAUAAAUGUGUUGUAGAUACUGUAAAAUACUAAAUAGGUCAAUAUUUUUGUAACAUAGACAUGACUGACAAUGUUUGCUUUUCUUCCCCCUGUUAUAGUGUUGGUUGUGGUUGGCCACUUCCAUAAAUUGUUUUUGUAAAUAAACCACUUGAUCAAGUUUACAUACUAUGGAAUUUUCCUACUACCGUGGCCAACGCAAAAACCCAGAAGGCACUAUCUAGAGCCGCUGUUUCAUUUUUCUUUUUAAGGCUACUGUGGAAGCAUGGUAAACCUAAUAUUGUGUCAAUCCCACCCCCACAGAGUGCCCUGGUUGCCUGCUUUCACCAUACAUAGCUUGGCCAGUGGGGCGUGGUUCUCUGACAAGAAGUGCUUACAGCUUUACAGCACUACAGCACUCGGCAGCCUUUAGCUUAAAAAAAAAGGCCAGUUAGCUCCUUUGUAUCUGUGUGCAUUUUCGUAAAUGAUCUUGUGUACAAUAAACAAAGAAAAAAAAGCCA